UAGCAGAGGAACAUCGUAGCAACAUACAAGAUCCUCUCCCUAAGUUCAUAGAAGGUUUGUCCCAAAUUUUCUGUUUAUUUUGAUUUUCCUAUUCAUCGACCUCACAUCUGGAAGUUGCCUGUCUUGUGGCCGAGGAUACAUGGCAUUCAACGCCGUAUUGGCGGCGUGGAAGGCGCCUUCAAGCCUACACUUGUUCCUCGGGUCGACGAGGCAGCCGCAACAUGCCAACAGCCGCAACGAACCAAAGAAAUUAGAUCCAUCCAGCUUACUGCAAUGGAAUCGACCAGAACCAAAGACACCGAUGGUGAGGGGCGAUGGAGGCGCGGGCGAGACCAUGAAUCGACGGGCGCACAUGGGAGGGCGGCAAUCGAUGGUGGCGCAGGGUCACAUGCAAGAUUAUGGGAAGCAUAUAACCUGAGCUCUACGAGGGUUAUCACGAUGAGUCAUCACAGGUAUGGAAACUUGACAGCAUUAGCUCUGGAAAGAUGCUUUCUACUCACAGUUGAACAAGUCUGGACUGAUCAAGGUAUUGCUAGGUGGACCUUGCCAGAGCAAUCAAGUAAAUUAGCAGAUUUCAGCAGGAAAAGGGUUACUCACAGGCCUCAUAAGCAAUAUGAGGAACCCGGGAAGAAGUACAAGUUAGCUACAAAAGAUGGAAAUGAUGCGCCAACAAAUACACCAAUCUUGUUUAGUACAAAAUGGGAUGCAGAUGAUUCCAAAAGACUGAUGGUCCACCAUAAUAUAUAGAAGCAAUAGGAGGGAUAGCUGAUGAAGAAUGAUAUCCAUUCAAAGAAUGGUGGUGUUCCUCAAGUGAAGAUUAAUAAUAUUUUCUUUUCUAGUUGUCUCAUUUUCCAGAUAGAUAUUAUCAAGUACAUUGGUUAUAUAAGGAAUGAUUUUGACUCCAUUUCUUAAAUGAUAUUUUAAUUCCAGAAUUGUA